AUGACUCAGAGCAAUCUAACCACUCCGGAUAAACACCAUGGUGGUGUACGCACCGUUACCGAAGAAAAGUUGAUGGUGGCGGUGCGCGUGCGACCGCUGCGCGCCGAUGAAGGUCCUCGGAUCGUCCACGUGGUCAGCGAUAAGAUGCUGGUUUUAGAAGAGGAGGCAGACAGUCGGCGUGACGUUCUGCGACAGCGGCGGCUUAACGACAAACACUACGUGUAUGAUCGAGUUUUUGGCGAGGAUAGUACUCAAGAGGACGUUUACGACACUGUUUGUGCGCCAUUAGUGGGGGACACUCUUCGUGGUUUUGCUGGGGCUGUGUUUGCAUAUGGGGCAACAGGUGCUGGCAAGACUCAUACCAUGACGGGCCUCAUGUCGCGUGCCUUGAACCACCUCUUUACGAGCAUCGCCGAGAGUGAACAUCAGUCACACGAAGUAAAAAUGUCGUAUAUAGAAAUCUACAACGAAAAUAUUAGAGACCUAUUAAACCCGAGUGCGGGAGCGCUGGAACUGAGAGAUGAAGGCGGCAGCGGAGCGCCAGUGGUGGCAGGCUUGAGUGAGGUUCGUGCCACCAGCGCAGCACAUGUUGCGGAACUGCUAGCGCGAGGUGACCGUGCGCGGACUGCAGAACCAACGCAUGCUAAUCAGCACUCCUCUAGAGGACAUGCUUUACUUAGUGUAACAGUGAGCACACAAGUAGAAGGCGGCGUCCAACGAGGGCGCUUAUUUCUUAUCGACUUAGCAGGUUCAGAGCGUGCUGGGUUGCGCGCGCGCAGACUCGAGGGCGCACACAUUAAUAGGUCAUUGCUAGCACUCGGAAAUUGUAUCAUGGCGCUCUCCGGCGGGGCUAGAUACGUGAACUACCGCGACUCGAAGUUGACACGUCUGCUACGGGAGGUGCUUGGUGGUCGAUGCAGAACGGCUAUGGUGGCGCACGUGGCCCCCGGGCAUACCCAUCGCGAGACUACCCGUUCCACUUUACAUUAUGCACAGAAAGCUUCUUCCAUCACCAACAGGGUCGAAAGAGAAAUGGUGGAAACCCCUAUGCAUUUAUCACAAUAUCGCACUGUUAUAAGUGAAUUACGAGAAGAAAUAGCACGACUGAAAAUAAAAAUGAAGGAUGAUCGUACAAGACCGAAAGACGAGCAUCGUCAUAUGGAAGAAGAGGUAAAUAAAGAGGACGCUGCAGAAAGUGCCGCACAUUUAAAGUCUUUACGUGAAGCAAUUGUAUCGACUUUUAAGCAGCAGAUGCGUUUACGGCGAAGAUUAAUGGAACUAGAUAGCCAUCUCUUAGGAUUAGCUCUGGACGCAGAAAGACAGCAUGCAGCUAUAUCACAUUGGGAGGCAAGAUUCAAUCGCUUGUAUAAACCAAUCAAUAUGCCCGGAUCACGACUUAGUACACAGCAGAGUUACAGAGGUGGUACUGGGUUGUCUACCAGCAGCAGCGAGCGUGCCGAAGCAGAAGUUGCUGUAGAGCAGGCGUGGGCGGAACUCGCAGCCGUUGAAAGGGAGCAAGAGAGCGCUAGAUCGGAACGGGAGCGUGUAGAGCGUCAACUGGAGCAGGUCCGACUUCGAGGGGCCCAACUGGAGCAGGAGUUACCGGCGCGCAUUAGUAGCGGUCCAGAACGUGAAGUGCUAGCUCUGGUAUGCCGUGUGCAUGAGUUAGAGGCAGACAAGCUGGCACUGCAAGGGGAACGAGCAGCGCGCGCCCACGAGCUACGCCGGCGGGACCUGGCGUUACAACGUCGCGAUGCCCAGCGGCGGCUCUCCGAUGAAAUCAUUACUCGUCAACGAAGAACGAUCGAAGAAAUGGGCGUUGGUGUACCCCCUGAAUUGGGCCAGCUGUACGAGUUGUACCAACAAGAAAUACAUGCCUCUACUUACACUGAGAGCAAUGACAUCUACACACCGCCAUAUCGUUUACCACCAAUUUCUACCAGCUUGUCGGAACUGGCAUGGUCUGAAAGUUCGAGCGGAUCAGGGCGCGGAUCCAGCUCUGGCUCAGGAGGAACGCUGGCUUUAGAUCAUCGGCUACCACGUUUGGCCCCCACACCCCGACCACGGACUCGAUACAGUCAAGCUAGUGCAGUCACCAUGAAGAGAUAUGCGAGUGACGAUAGUCUUGUAAUGGUAGCACCUCGAGGAACUGAUAAUGCAGCGCCUUGAGUUAACACGACGCAAUUUACAUUUGGAGCAAUCAUUUGUAUCACUGAAAGUGAUAUGAUGUGGAUUUUGAGGUUUGCUGUUCGUAUUCGUCUUGGCUACGUAAAAAAACGAUGGAUAUAAUUUGAAAGCAAAUGAAGUCGAUUUUAACAAAAACGUAUAUGUGCUUAUUGUAUGCUGUUGUCGGUUGCUUAACUACAGAAAAAAUCAGAUAUGUACCCAUCAUGAAUUUCGUAGAAAAUUACACCAAUUGUUUUUGUUGUUUGAUAAAUAGGUGUGAUAUAAUAAUAUGUAUAACAUUGUUAACUUUGUGUUGUAAGGGUUUUUAGAAAAAUUUCAAAAUAUUUUUACCCAACAAAGUAAAAACUGAAUGAUAAGGUAUUUGCCAAUGACUUCCGCUUAUAAUUACUUAUCUGCAUAAUGAUAGAUUAUGAUUGUGUGCAUUGUUCAUAAUUAUUUAUGUUAAAAUUAUAGAAAUAAUAAUUCUUAUUUAUA